UAAUGGAGGAAACAGUUGCGAUCGGCCACACAUUGUUUAAUUCAAACACAAACAAAAACUGUAGUUAGUUUGAGAAAAAUCAAGCAAGAAUGUGCGGCACCUUCGAGGUCCUCGUCACCAAAACCUCCAAGACUACUUCCUCUGAUCUUCAAACCGCAGACAAUAGUAACGGCCACCUCCGACCCAAUGGCGUCGCGCCACAUCAUCAUCACCCUCAACCCCUCGUCUCUCUCGAUCACGGCGAUCCGACAAUGUACGAGUCGUAUUGGGAAAAGGUUGGGCAAAAGUGCAGUGUGACUAUGUCGGGAUUCCAAUCUCUGAGUUACUUCGGCAACGGUAAAACCCUGUGCUGGUUCAUGGAGCAAAAACUGGAGGAUGAGAUCAGGAAGCUGCAUAAAGUGGCCGGCAACGCCGUCGUGGAGGGCCGCCACAUCGUCGUCGGAACAGGAUCAAGUCAGCUCAUUCUUGCAGCGCUCUACGCCCUCGCCGACACCCUAAACCUCCCCAAUCCGGUUGACGUCGUAUCCGCAGCUCCCUACUACUCGUCGUAUCCGGAGAUGAUCGAGUUUCUUCGGACGGGGCUAUUCAAAUGGUCGGGCGAUGCGCGGUGCUUCAACAAGGACGUACCCUACAUUGAAUUCGUCACCUCUCCCAACAAUCCCGACGGCUCCACCAGAGAGGCGGCGGUGAAUCGAGGCGAAUUAGGGAUGCUUGUUCACGACCUCGCUUACUACUGGCCUCAAUACACCGCCAUCACAUCCCCGGCGGAUCACGACCUUAUGCUUUUCACGGCUUCCAAAUGCACCGGCCAUGCAGGAUCCAGAAUUGGAUGGGCGAUUGUACGAGACGAGAAUGUGGCGAGAAAGAUGGUGAAGUUCAUCGAGAUGAACACGAUCGGAGUGUCAAAGGAAGCGCAGCUGAGAAGCGCCAGCGUGAUGGAGUUGAUCUCCCUGAGCUGCACCCAGAAACGCAAGCCCUGCGACGUCGACAAUUUCUUCGAAUACAGCCAACGAGCCAUGGCGGAGAGGUGGAAGAGAUUGAGAGAGGUCGUCGACGGCAGCAGCAACCAACUCUUCAGCCUCCCUAAAUUCCCAGCGCAGUAUUGCAAUUUCACCAGAGAAGUCGCUCAAACAUAUCCUGCUUUUGCAUGGAUGAAAUGCAAAGAGGGAAUAGAUGGGGAGCAGCUGCUUAGAGAGCAUAAAAUAGGAACAAGAAGCGGAAGGCGAUUCGGUUGUGAUGCAGAGUAUGUGAGAAUAAGCAUGCUGAGUAGGGAUGACGACUUUGAUCUGUUUCUUCACAGGCUCUCAACUAUUCAACCCACUGCUAAUGGAAAUUAGGACCUCAAUUUCAACUUUAGCGCAUCAUUUCUUUUUUGGCACCCAUCACCUAUCUAGGCAUUGUGGUUGUGGUGAAGAAGAUAAAAUUACUUUGUUUCAUUUCUUUGCGGCCGAUCCAUCAGCCUCGUGCUGCUUUUUCAUUCAGAUAUUUCAGCUUUUACUGCUUCUAGCUCA